UGAUGCUACUGACUUCUGUGGCCGGCGCUGGCAAGACAUCGAUUGUGCACACGAUUGCAGAUAGAUGUAACAGGGAGACUAUCCUGUUGCUGUGCUUUUUCUUCACAGUUGGCGAACAGCCACGGCCGGACCAGUUAUUCAGUGGCAUUGCUCAAGCUCUAGCAAAGCGUGAUGCAGAUUACCGUGCCUUCAUUAUCUCUGCCCUUCGAAAAGACCCCACCCUCUCAACAGCUCCAUUCACGGUGCAGUUCAAGGAAUUAGUGGCUUCACCCCUGCUCCAUAAACCUCCACCUUCCGACCGCCCUAUGGUGAUCAUCAUCGACGCUUUGGAUGAAUGUGACAAAGAAGUGUUCGGAUCCCUUGCCGAAAUUCUUGGAGAUGAAGUGCCCAGACUACCAUCUUCCGUCAAAUUCUUCAUCACAUCAAGACAGUUUGGUCUCGUGAAUCGCUACCUCUCCCCCAAUUACCCUAUUGGUCGUCUUAGUAUCGAUCUCUCGGAUGAGGGAAACGUGCAGGACUGUGCUAGGUACAUACGCUUCCAGCUGCGAAAGCUGAAGAAGGUACAUCAGGAUUUACAGCGUAAUCUUCAGGAUGAGGAUAAAAUGGUACAAGUGAUCUCGGAACGAGCAAAUGGCUUGUUUAUCUGGAUCAGCACCAUCUUUCGCUACAUGAAGAUGGCCAACAAGGAUCCUAUGAGGACACUAGAAAGUCUACUUGACACUGCUGAGAAGAUGAUGGAUGACUUGUAUAGAAGCAUUUUGAAGAAGUGUGCUUGGGAGGAAGAAGAUUUUGCACAUGACUACCCAAUCAUGAUGGGAGCAAUCUUCGUUGCUCGGCAGCCUCUGUCCAUCACAGCCUGGGACGCAAUUUUGUCACCUUUCCUCAAUUCUUCUGUUCGAUAUGUGUUGGCCGAACUUGCACCUCUGCUCUCAGGAGUUGAGGAUUCCCACAUUCCGGUUCGCAUCUUACACCAAUCUUUCCGCGAUUUUAUUGUCGAUCGGAUCGAUCCCCAAACAAUCAGCUCUCAUUGCACACUCAUAGCUGUGGGGGUGGAGAAUGCCAGGGUUUCCCUGCGGUGUGCCGAGAUUUUGAACAAGGAUCUCUGCUCUGUGAAGGGCUUAGGACAGAUUAAACACCUGUCCAAAAAACAUGAAAUGCCGCGCAUUCCUCCAAAGGAAUUAUCUGAGCAUUUUUGUUAUGCCUGUCGCCACAUCAUUCAUCACCUCAGUGGAGUCCAGGGAUGGUCUGAGGAGCUUGCUGGGCCAGUUAGUAUGUUUCUGAGUCAGGAAGCAAUUCGGUGGGUGGAAGUCUGUGUGAGAAUGGAAAACUAUGUCAGUAUCUUGUUACUCCCUCAGUGGGCUAAGUUGGCUGUUGACCACAGGGCAAUUAGUGCACUGGCUAAUGAGGCAUAUGAGGCAGCAAAUGAUUCUGUUGUACUCUGCCAUUACCUAUUUUCUGUGGACCUGAGUUCCUACACCCCGCAUUUAGCCCAGUCACUCAACAGUCUGUGUGUCACUCUUCGGAGACUUGGACGGCACUCAGAGGCACUCCCAUUCAUCAAAGAAAGUGUCAAACUCUGUCGCCAGCUAGUUGCCAUUGACCCAGGAUCAUAUACCCCAAAUUUGGCCAGCUUACUCAACAAUCUAUGUAAUGCUCUUUCUGAUCUUGGACGGCACUUGGAGGCACUCCCAUUCAUUGAAGAAAGUGUCAAACUCUAUCGCCAGCUAGUUGCUGUUAACCCAGAAGCAUACACCCCAGAUUUGGCCAGCUCACUCAACAAUCUACAUAAUGCUCUUUCUGAUCUCGGACAGCACUUAGAGGCACUCCCAUUCAUCAAAGAAUGUGUCAAAAUCCAUCACCAGCUAGUUGCUGUUAACCCAGGAUCAUACACCCCAGAUUUGGCCAUCGCUCUUUCCAAUCUUGGACAGCACUCAGAGGCACUCCCAUUCAUUAAAGAAAGUGUCAAACUCUAUCGCCAGCUAGUUGCUGUUAACCCAGGAUCAUACACCCCAGAUUUGGCCAUGUCACUCAACAAUCUAUGUAAUGCUCUUUCCUAUCUUGGAUGGCACUCAGAGGGACUCCCAUUCAUUGAAGAAAGCAUCAAACUCCGUCGCCAGCUAGUUGCUGUUAACCCAGGAUCAUACACCCCAUCUUUGGCUGGGUCACUCAACAAUUUACAUAUUGCUCUUUCUUAUCUUGGACAGCACUCGGAGGCACUCCCAUUCAUUGAAGAAAGCGUCAAACUCUAUCGCCAGCUAGUUGCCAUUAACCCAGGAUCAUACACCCCAGAUUUGGCCAUGUCACUCAACAAUCUAUAUAGUGCUCUUUCCAAUCUUGGAUGGCACUCGGAGGCACUCCCAUUCAUCAAAGAAAGUGUCAAACUCUAUCACCAGCUAGUUGCUGUUAACCCAGGAUCAUACACCCUGUAUUUGGCUGGGUCACUCAACAAUUUACAUAUUGCUCUUUCCUAUCUUGGACAGCACUCAGAGGCACUCCCAUUCAUUGAAGAAAGUGUCAAACUCUGUCGCCAGCUAGUUGCCAUUAACCCAGGAACAUACACCCCCAAAUUGGCCAAGUCACUCAAUGAUUUACAUAAUACUCUUAACAAUCUUCAUCAUUCCAAGGCACAAAUGGUUCACAUUUGAGCAUGUUUUCCUCAUCAUUGCAUUGCUGCUUGCACAUGAUGGGCAUGCUUCAUCAGCAAAAGUCCAUUAUGCUCUGGAGCAUCAAGAGUGGCUGGAGCAUGUGGGAGACAAAACAGCAGAUUGGGCACUCCUGGAGCUAAUAGUGUUCUCCUGGGAGGGGGUUCAGGAGCAGC